GGCGACAAAACGAGCAGCCACGGACUCGCCGCCUUCGUUCGCCUCGCGUCCCGCCUCUUCCUCUGUUUCUCCCCCAGCCUGCGUCGCGCAGCGCGCACACUCCCCGCACACUCCCUGUCUCGCCUCAGCAGCCUGCUUCCCCGAAGUCCCACACGCGUCCACCGCGCCCAAGCUCUCUCCGAGAUCUACACAGGUGCCCGCAGACACUGCCCUUGAUCGCGGCGCCGUCCACCCUCUCGACUGAGUCCGCUUGCACCUCCGCCCCAUCUCCGGUAUAAAACUCCAUCCCCUGAUGGAAUAACUGCACCCUACGCCGUCACCCAUAAUCCUCGCACAGGUGAGCGCGUACCCGCCACACGUGUUUGCGUCGGAGAUCCUCCUCGUCCUGACAGCUCCUGUCCAGCCGCCCACCCCCAGGCGAGCAGGCGUUUGCUCAACCAAGCCGUUUAAUAGACCGGGGUCGAUGGACCGUCCUGCCCUGCCAACCUUUCGUUCAUCUUCCCUUCCUGGUACCUCCAGUGCGCGGCCGUACACCGCGCCGCUGAACACCGCCAUCCUCGACCGCAACUCGGGCUUCGCGGUUGGCCAGGGUCCCAUUACGCCCCCGAUAUCACCGGGGCGCAGCGAGGAAGGAGACGCGAGUAUUGUCAUCGACUCCGAGCCGCGGUACAGCGGCGGCGGUACGCCGCCGUCAGACUACCCAGCCCACGGAACGCUUGCGGCAGCCGCCGACGAGGCGAUGGACAUCGACUCGGAGCACUCAGCGUCUUCGCCGAAACCUCCGCUGAGACGUCUUGAAGACCAGGAGAGUCAUUUGACGAGGGGAGCGCUGAAGCUCACCGACUUCGAGGUCAAAGGCACCCUAGGCACGGGGACAUUCGGUCGCGUUCUUCUUGUUCGACUGCGUGGGUCAUCCGCACCCAACACCCAAAAUUGCUAUGCGCUGAAGAUGCUGCGUAAGAGCGAGAUCGUCCGGCUGCGGCAAGUCGAGCAUGUAAACGCGGAACGGUAUAUCCUGUCGCGCGUCCGGCAUCCGUUCAUUGUCGAGUUAUACGCGACUUUCCAAGACAGUCUCAACAUCUACAUGAUGUUGUCGUAUGUCCCCGGCGGCGAGCUCUUCACCCAUCUCCGACGCGCACGGCGAUUUACACCGGACGUCACGCGGUUCUAUCUCGCGACGAUUAUACUCGCACUCAAGUACCUACACUCGUUCAACAUAAUCUAUCGAGAUCUCAAGCCGGAGAACCUCCUGCUCGACUCGCGUGGCUAUCUCCGUUUGACAGACUUCGGUUUUGCCAAAAUAGUCGACGACCGUACCUGGACGUUAUGCGGGACUCCCGAGUACCUGGCACCGGAGAUUAUCCAGUCAGACGGUCACGGGAAGGCUGCGGACUGGUGGGCAUGCGGCAUCCUGUGUUACGAGAUGGUCGUCGGGUAUCCGCCCUUCUUUGACGAGACUGCUUACGGCAUCUACGAGAAGAUCCUCAAAGGGAAAAUUCACUGGCCCCGCGAGAUAGACCGCCUAACAAAAGACAUCGUCAAGGCCUUCCUGCAUCCUGACCGUACGAAACGGCUGGGUAACCUCGGCGGCGGGGCUCAGGAUGUAUUGGAUCACCCGUGGUUCCGAGGUGUCGAUUGGGAUGCACUGGAACGGCGGGAAAUCAGGGCACCCAUCAUACCACAUGUAGCGUCGCUCGACGAUACGCGGCAUUUCUCGCGUCUGCCCCUGCCUCCCGCGGAUGAAAUACCGGGACUCAUCAAGGAAGAGCACCCACCAGCGCUCCAUCAGCGGUUCGAUCCAUCCGCGUACCAGUUCAUGGAGUUUUGAUCAACACCGGAUCGAUAUCUAUCACACUCGUUCCAUGUUGUUCUCCUGCUACUUCGCAACCAGAGAGCCUCUCGAAGCCAGCCCGCCAUCCGUCCGCACAGACGGCAUGCGGGUGUGCUUGGCGAGGAGCUCUGCUUAACAUAUUCGCAAGAUGCCUGCACUGUAUAGCAUAUCCCCUCGUUUUGUCCCGUUCAUCUGUAUAUUCUUGUGGUCGCCCGUGAAAGGAUCCCUGGCUAUUAGGCAUUCCCUCCUGCAACUCGCUCUCGCUGUCGUUGGUAUAUUGUAUGGUCUUACUAGCAUACCCUGCGCUGUAUCCUUCACACACCCUGUUGCUGUCUCCCUGUCCCCGUACUACUGUAGUCCUGAAUCUCGCUGGGUCUGCCGCCUUCGUUGAUCUGUAUAUAUACCUGCUCUUGGCCCUCAUCUGCGUCGUGGAAUACAGUCGUCUAAUGGUACAGCCACCUAUGCAUCCUCUUCUGAUGACUGUGCUAC